AUGAAACAGCAGCGCGCGUUACGUCACUGAUUGAAUCGUGAGUCUUGCAUGGAGGAUGGAUGAAGAUGAACAGGAGAAAGCGUAGCGUGACAAUAUAUGUUCGCAACAAGCAACGAUACAACCCUGCAUCUAAGUUGUACAAUUUUAUCAAUGUUCGCGUUGAAAAUUUUGCUGGCACCAGAAUUGGCGACAUCAAAGAGGAGGCUAGAAGACAAUCUGGAAACAAUGUGAAGAUUGAUGAUUUGUACCUGAACAACGAGAGACUUGCAGAUGACAGAUCUGUUGCCCAUUACAACUUGGAGGAUGGAACCAUUCUGGAAACCACAUCUAACCCUUUCUGGGCGACUUGUUUGUUCAUCAAACAUUGCGAAGCUGAAGAUGAACAGAAGAGAAACCCAGAUAAUCCCGAUGUUCAAAACUGGACAAACAAGUCACUGACCCGAAAAAGGACACUUCUGUCUGUCCUCUUCAACAGCAAAAAUGAGUUUCAGAGCCAGCCACCCCACUUUCCUACCCUGGAUGACUUUGUGGGAUAUCUGAACAACCUGAAAAAGAAGGGGGCCACAAUGAACCCUUACUACACACAGCGCCACUUAGGAGAGAUGUACCAGGAUUACCUUGACCUUGAUGUGGGACGUAGUAGUGACCCCUUAGGAUCCUUUAUCAACAGAUAUGCUGCCAAACUUGGAUAUAGGCAACCAGAUGCAGGUGAUGGUGAAAACAGACCUCAUGUUGGAGGGGCAGGCAGAAGGGCUGCUAGGGGUGGUGGUAAUGGUGGAGAGGGGCCCAGACAACCCAGAAAUAGACCUGUGGCUAAUAGGACCAAAGAGAUGACUUGUGAUGACUGUGAAGGCACCUUAGCAGAGCUGUAUUGUGGGGAGUGUCAGAAUGCCCAGGGAGGACAGGGUCUUUACUUGUGUACCCCAUGCUCACAGCUUAUUCAUGCCGGUGCUGCGAGGAGAAGACACAAUGUUCAAGAUGUGGGUAAUGCUCCUAAAGUUUCCAAACCAUAUGUUCCUCAUGCUUUUAAGGCACCAUUUUCCAUUUUGCUUGGCUUAUACAGUGGUCUGACAGAGAGGAGGCCGGUUCUGAGUAUGACCGAGGACGAGAUCAAGCUCCGGGCCCAACCACUGACAGAUACAGAUCUACAGGACAAACAGACAGGUCAGUACUGUGGGGGAUUUGAUUGUAUGGAGAAGAUACUCAUGGCCAAAGGUCUGGUUCAGAGAGAAGAUUCAAGAAACCCAACGUAUGCAUUAACAGAGACAGGGGAAGAGCUAGCUGGCCAGUUGUAUGAAUUUCAACAGAGUGUACAAAGGUUCCUGAAAUCAAAUCAAGUUCCUCAUGUUCCACAGGCAAUAAACACUGUGUGUGGCACGAGGAAGAUCUGUCUGAUUAUUGAUGAGCAGGAGAGAGACAAGGACAGGUUCCACCAGAUUGCUACAGAGAGAGGGGUGGAUGUACAGUUCAGACAUCUGGGGGCAGGGGACUAUCUGUGGAUUCUGACCCCUCCUAUGGCUAGCCCCACCCUGAGGUACACUCAGCAGCAACCUACUAUUGAAAAGGUUUUACCUUUCCUUGUUGAGAGAAAGAGCUGGGAAGAUUUUAAGGACAGUGUGAGGACUAAAAGAUUUCAGAAACAAGUCAAUCAUAUGCUGAACAGUGGAGUGGAGAAAUGUUUCUACCUGAUGGAGGGUUCUGUAAAUAGUGGCAGAUACAAACCAUCUGCUGAGCAGCAAAAGAAUCUAAAGGAUUUACUUGAGAAGAUUUUUCUGGAUAAUGGAUUUUACAUCAAUUACACGGCUUCCUGGUAUAAAUCAGCAAUAUGGUUAUUGUGGGCAACAGCACUAGCAUCUGAGGCUGAAAGAAAAGGCCAGCUGACUGGACAAGGAAUGACCUAUGCUGAAUUUACAAGGAGAACAAGUGGACAGAGCCGCGUAUCUACCCUGACCAGGACAGACUACAGACAGAUGGACUGGAGAAGCUGGGAGGCCGAACAUUUUAUUGAUGGAAUCUUCAGGGACAGUGUCAAUGAGAUAUCUCUUACUGAGUUAUGUCAAAAGGACCUGGGACUUGCAGAAAGACAUGUCAUAAACAUUCAUGGGUUAGAGGCAUAUAACAAGGGGAGGCAGACAAUGCUGAAUAAAUAUUUAAAUGAGGCAUGUGGAAAUCCAAACAGAAUAGCAGACAUCGUAAACACAGGCCUGACAGCUCAGUUACACAACAUGCUACACUAUGAUGUCAUGUCUUGGUGGCAACUCAGACUUCAGUUUAUGCUUGGAGUGUACAUAGUGAGGACUGAGAAACCAGAGGAUAGACAGAGAAUUCAGGGGGAGGUAGACUGGAGGUCAGGAGGUCAACCACCCAAUAACAGGAGGUCAGGAGGUCAACCAGUCAUAAACAGAAGGUCAGGGCAACCAGGUCAGGACCAGAGACCAAGGCAGCAAGAGGACAAAAAUGGGAGGUCAAGGGGUCAUGUACUGGGUCAUGGCCCAAUAGAAAGAUUUGCUAAGGAACCAAAUGAACUCAUGGCAGAGUUACCUUCCACCUCUGCUCCUACAGAUGCUGCUCCAGAUCCCAAGUUGGUGUAUGCUCCUGAUUCUCAGACAGAAAACUUUAUGAUACAGCAGGCAUUAGCUCUAAGCAAUCAGGAGGAUGCUGAAGAACAAAACAGAGCAUUACUUUCCCCAGUAAAACAGCCAUCCCCUGCACAAAAGUCGGUAAAUAAUAGGUCACCAGCCUCAGUUUCAAAGAGAGGGUCUAGAGGAGGCACUAGAUCAGGGAAAAGGACAUCAACAGCAUCAAGGGAGGAUGAAGAGUUAGAACUUGCCAUAAAGCUUAGUCUGGAAGUUGCUGCAAACAACAGAACUAGUGAGCCUGCAGAAAGAGACAGCACUGACCCAGUGAUGUGUGAUACUACACCUAGUCCAAUGAAAUCCAAACAAACAAUCAUUCCACUAGAACCGAACCUAAAUAUGGACAGCCAAGAAGAGUUGCAAUAUGUUUUAGAGUUAAGUAAGAAAACAUCAACUGACAAAGAAGAGAAAAAGAAACCUAUCAGCAAUGAACUCAAUGAUAGGCAGCAUUUAGAGCCGACAAAAAUCAGAGAGCAAUUGCUUCCUUCUCACUCGAAUAAAGAUAAUUCAGAGGUACAAAGUGGAAAAAUCAAUCCUGUAGACAAAGCUCUUUGUGGAGUUGAGAAAGUGACAUCUGAAAGCAGUGAAGAUGAGGCUCUGAAGAAAGUUCUAGAAUUAAGUAUAAAGCAAAAUCUGCCUCCUAUAGACAAAAUAUUAAGUGCUCCACAAUUAGAUAAAUCAAGAACUUCUAUGUCCAAAAAUCAGACCAUAAAAAGUCCAGUUGUAAGUCUCAGUGAUCAAGGAGACAAGGAUCUUGAAUUAGCUAUCCAACUCAGUUUACAAUCAAAUUGUGAACAUAGUCCACAUAAUGAAGGAGUCAGCAUAUCAGAAAAUGAUGUGAUUGAGAUAGAGGACUCUCAAGAAAUUUUUGAGGAUCAUUCAAAGGCAUCGCAGAAGACAAAAGACUCCAAAGAAAAUGACUAUAUUGUAUUGGAUGACUCUCAAGAAGAAGCAGUAGAGAAUAUGGAUGUUAAUGCAGUGAUAUGUAUGACAAAUGAUUUGAUAAAAUCAAAUAAUUUAGAAACAAAUGCUAAUCAGUUGAUUGCCAUAAAAGCAACUGAAAAAGGUGGAGGAUGUUUAGCACCAGACACCCAGAUUGAGAGAGAACAAAUAAAUGAGGAAAGUACUCUCACUGUUGUACCAGAGACUGUGACAGAAGCUGAAACAAUAUCCGCCUCUUUACAUUCUAAUGAAUCAACACUGGAGCCAGAGCCAUUCUUACCUAAUGUGGUGCAGAACAGUCAAAAUAAGGUGGUAAAUAAUGACAGUAUUGGUAGCAAUACCUAUACAGCAAAUGCAAAAACAUCAAAUGGAGAUAUAACUAGUAACAAUGAAAAUUCUGUGAUAUCAAACAAAACACCUGUCAAAGAAUCUGAUGAUGCUGAAAAUGAUGUGUUAGAUGUCAUUUCACCCUCUCCAACAAGCAGUCAAAAGUCUAGUUUUUCAGUCAAAGCAUUUAAAACUAGCCAAGAAAAACCAAAAGAAUCAAAUUCUGAAGAAGAAAAUGUGAGGAUUGGAGACAAGAUACAAAAAGAUAAAGUUAGUGAAAAACAUAGUGAGAGCAAUGAUGGAGACUCACAAGAUUUCCUCUCUACAGCUGUGGUGCUUCCACCUUUGUCUCCAUACAAAGAUGACAGUGAUUCUCCUUUAUUACAAGAAAAGUCACAUUGUACUUCAAGAUCUGAUGAGAAUUCUCAGCCACAUUCUGUGAAAGUGAAGCAAGAAAAGUUGGAUGUGAUAGAAAGUACCAUAAAAAAUGAAGAAAUUGUGAUGGACAGUCAGACUUUAGAGGGCAGUCAGGAAGAAUUACCUAAAUUUGAUUGGAUAAAGGAAUCUCCUGUCAAAAUGGACCAAAUCACUGUUCAGGUGGUCUCACCUUUGAAAAAGGGAAAUAACUCUUCCUCAGAUACUGUCAAAAGAAUUAGUUUGAGUCAAGGAUCAACAUCUAACAUCAAUAUAAAUAUUCACAUUGGGCACAUUGAAAAAUCUAGUCAGUCAAGUUCAAAAGAUGUUAUUUUUGAUGAUGAAGAAUAUGCAAGACGUCUUCAAAAGGAACUGGAUGAAGAAUAUGAACUGUCAAAACAGAGAAAUGUACCCAUAAAGAUGGAGACAAGAUCUAUCAAAGAGGAACUUAAAAGCCCUGAAAAGGUUAUUGACAAUGCCUGCAGUGUGAUACAGGAUGAUUUUCAUGAGAUUGAUGCAGCAAUAGCUCAAAGUCUUCAUGAAGAAAUAAACAGUCCUGCACCAAAGAGGGAUAGGACAUUACUAAUACAAGAUGAGAUAAUGGCAAAACAACUUAAUGAAGAGUGGAACAAAUCAAGCAGUGUUGGUAGAAACAAUGGAGUGCCUGGCACUAGAAUGGUGGAAGACGAGGAGUUAGUAAGAAGCUUACAGAGCGUUGAGACAGAGAGUCAGGAGGAGAGAAACCAACAGAUUCACAGGGAUGAAGAACUGGCACGCCAGCUUCUGGAGUCAGGUGAUAACUACACAUCUACAGGAUUUAGAGUUUCAUCUGCAAAGAAAAGGAAAGGUCUUCUAAUAAACGACAGUCCUCCCAAGGAGAAAGUGUCUAGAAAUGAAUCAUGGAGAAAAAAUCUGUUUAAUGAAAACAUGAAAUCAAGGGGAGACAGUUUGAAACAGCUUCAGGAGAUAAGACAAGAACAGAGUCAGAGAUUCCUAAAGGAAAAAUCAGGAUUUAGUGGUGUUGGUUCCCUGAACAGUUCACCAUGGAGCACUGUGGAAACAAAAAAUGUUAACACAUCUUUCUGUCCUAAUUCUACAAUGGUUCAAGAUUCAAAGACAAACAGAACUUUAGACUCUGGGGCAAGCAAUUGGGCUUCAUCUACCUUCCUGAGCAGAAAAUCUAGUAGUGGAAAUCAAGGGGAGGAUGAAAAGCCUGUAAUGGGGACACAAUCAGAGGCCCUAUCAAAGUCUAAGUGUGGGAACUGUGGAGAGAUAGGGCACAACAGAAAGUGGGUCAGCUGUCCACUAUACUAUUCCCAUGAGGAAAGCCUUAGAAGGCAGGAACAGCAGGCUAAAGCUAGGGAAAGGAUUGAGGCCAGAGAAAGGGAAGAAACUCAAGCAAAGCAGGACUUGGAACAUCAUCAAAGAGCAUUGAAAGAUAUUGCAACUCAAAUACAAGACGAACAGAAAGGAUUAGAAAAGACAAUUAAAAGACUGGAUAAGAAGAAAAAGCAAAGAGAAAACAGGCGUCAAUGAGCCAUGGAAAUUGAUGUUGAUGUGGCAGAUUGUUAUUCUUUUAAAAUAUUUGUGCUUUGUUUAAUCCAAAGUUCUUGCAUGUGGAAGAUGAACAGAUAUGUGUGUAGCACUAAAUUUUAUGAGACAGUCAAGUGAGGAGGGGGUAUAAAAGUCAUUAAAAGUUUGAUUUAUAUAAUUAUGCCCCCCUUCGAAGAAGGGAGGGCAUAUUGCUUUGCUGCUGUCUGUUGGUCUGUCGGUCCACUUAGUUUCUGUUCAUUUUC